GACGCUCCCUACCUGUUUCGAAACUGCGGAAAUCCAAAUUUUUGGGCGGAUUUGUUUGACGACUAGUACUUCCUUCCCGUUUUUAUUUGGGCCCUACGCCCAUGUGACUUAAUGCAGCAUUAAGUAUGCUACUUCUCGAAUUGAACAACCGAACAGAACUUGAGGCUUGAACUUUUUGUUGUUGUUAUUUUUCCCCGGCCGCCAUGGGAGAUACGGACACUGCCGGAGCCUUAAGUCGCAGGAGACGGGCUGCUUUUGCGGCGGGGAGAGGAGCGAGUCUGCAGCGGAUGAAUAAGAAGUGUAUGUCGGCGAGUCAGCUCUCGGUGGCCGCUGAAAUAAACGAACUGCGAAUAAGCGAACUGGGCAAAGUUGACCGCUUGUUGGAGACAGCCCGGCCCACGGCAAAGUGUGACAAAAAGAAACGUAAGAAUGACAUAAAUGACAGAUUAAGCUGUCACAAGACACAGGACUCCCUGCUGACUUCAUCCAGUGGUUACAAUAACUACAGAGGGAUUCUAAACUGGUGUGUGAUAAUGCUGGUACUUAGUAAUGCCCGACUUUUCCUAGAAAACCUGUUAAGAUACGGAGUUCUGGUGGACCCUAUUCAAGUGAUUUCCUUAUUCUUGAAGGACCCCUACAGCUGGCCAGCGGCAUGCCUGGUGAUUGUGUCCAAUGUGUUUAUCAUGGUGGCUCUUUAUACAGAAAGGCAGCUGUCAAAGAGUUCAUUUAGUGAGCAUGUGGGCUUUCUUGUCCAUAGUGUUAAUCUGACUGUCAUGCUGACAUUCCCCGCCGCAGUGGUCCUCUUGGUGCCCUCCACGACCCCAGUUGGCGGUGCGUUCGUACUCAGUACUUACACCAUUCUCUUCCUAAAGCUUUACUCCUACAAGGACGUCAACAUGUGGUGUCGGGAGCUGAGCACCAAUAACGCCAAGAAACUAGCGAGGUCACUGUCUUGUCCAUCAUCAAAGUACUGCAAUGGAGAUGACCAUAAAGUAUGUUACCCUGGCAACCUUACAAUAAGAGACCUGUACUACUUUGCCUUUGCUCCCACUCUGUGCUAUGAGCUCAACUUUCCUCGUUCUCCCAAGAUCCGCAUGAGUUUCCUAAUGAGGAGACUUUUUGAGAUGCUAUUCCUCAUCCAGAUGUUAGUGGGUCUAACUCAACAAUGGAUGAUUCCCAUCAUUCAAAGCUCCAUGAAGCCACUGGAGGACAUGGAUCUAUCUCGGAUGACUGAGAGACUCUUAAGACUGGCUGUACCCAACCAUCUGCUUUGGUUGAUGUUUUUCUACUGGUUCUUCCACUCAUCUUUGAACUUCACAGCAGAGCUUCUGCGCUUCGGAGAUCGACAGUUCUACAAAGACUGGUGGAACUCUGAGUCGGUGACAUAUUUCUGGCAGAACUGGAACAUCCCCGUUCACAAGUGGUGUCUCCGGCACUUUUACAAGCCGCUGCUGAGGAGAGGUUUUAGUAAGAUAGUUGGCCAGUCAGCAGUCUUCUUCUUGUCGGCGUUCUUUCACGAGUAUCUGGUGAGUGUCCCUCUAAGGAUGUUCCGACUGUGGGCCUUCAUGGGCAUGAUGGCUCAGCUUCCAUUAGCUUGGUUUGUUGGUCAUAACCUGCGUGGUAACUACGGCAACGCCGCAGUGUGGAUUUCACUCAUAAUUGGUCAACCAUUUGCCGUCCUGAUGUACGUCCAUGACUACUACGUCCUGCAUUACCGACAAGAGACUGACUGAUGUGAACAUAUUUUGGAUUUUUCACCUGCCUUCUAGGAUUUUACAGUGCAGACGGAGACUUGCUGAACUAUUUGACAUGGCAGCCAUAAGACACUUUAGUCACCUUAACUUUAAGUGGCCCACUCAUUUUUUGCAGUUAUGAGGUGUAAAAGUGUUUUUAACGUCACAGUUCAUAAAUAUUCAGCUUGUGAAAUUUCCACACAUUUUUGUUCAAAUUCCCUCACAUAAUGUCACAUAAAUUGGGUCCAAGUAGUCUUUCUGUCUGCUGGGGAACUUUUUUCCACAUCUCUUCAAGAAAGAAAUAGAUGGUACAUGAGAAUAUCUUUUUUUCCUGUGUCCUGACGUUAAUUUAGUAGAAAAUGGUACAUAGAACAUAAAAACUGUUUUCAUUGCUGCAUAACUCAAAGUACGGUGUAUAUGCUGCACUAAAACACUAAAUUUUGUCACAGGGACAGUUUUUUUAUUUUAUGAAUUAACCCUUUUCCGUACAUCCUGACGAGAAUCAUAAUUUUUUUAAGAAAACGUAUUGCAGAAAGUUUCGGCCUAGUGUGUUGUUCCUCCUCUACUGUAAUGCAUCUUGGGUACUAAAAGUGAGUAAUGCUAAAUGUUAAUGCUGACUAUGUGUGAAGUUCCUUAGUAGACAUUAUCAUUGUGUACUUUUGUCAAAGGACUCAAAAUGUUAAUGUGAAAUUAAAUGAACACAGAAAAAUAAUUUAUAUGCUGGUGAGAUUGUAUUGCCAUACAGUUUGUAUUUCUUGUUUUAUUUUUACAAUUGUAAAUACAAAAAUCAUGUUGCUGUUAAGCGUUUGAGAAAUUAAAUGUGAAUUUUCUUUUAAGAAGAAGAAGAAUCACCUUUAUUGUCAUGAGCAUGCACACAAAAUUUGUUCUCUCCAUUUUACC